CCCGUACGCAGUUCGGAGAAGAGGGGGAUGAAGUUGCACAAGCCGGAAGAAAGGAUGAAGGAAUGAGUCCUCGGCCGGAGCCUCUCCGAGAUUCACUGAGAAAGAAAGUGUCUUGGGAAAGACCCGAAGGUUUCUCCACACAUCUGUGGUCCUCCACCGUGGCUUCCGCCCUAGAGGUGCUAACCCCCUGCCUUCCCUGGGAGUGGUACGGUCCGGGAGUGCGCCGGGCAAAGCCUUCCGGCGGGGAGAGGCGUCGCUGAGCGUGCGGGCCGGUGCAGUCGGGAGAGAGCGGCGGGAUGGCGCUGCCGGGAGGAAAUAAGGAUAAUAUCAGAGCUGGAUGCAAGAAGUGUGGCUACCCUGGUCAUCUGACGUUUGAAUGUCGAAACUUCCUCCGAGUAGAUCCUCAAAGAGAUAUUGUUUUAGACGUUAGCAGCACUAGCAGUGAGGACAGCGAGGAAGAGGAACUGCAGAGAUUACAAGCCAUGCGUGAAAAAAAGAAUCUAAAUGAAGAGGAAGAAAAAAAGAAACAAAAAAGAAAAAGCAAAGAGAAAACAAAAUUAAAAAGAUCAAGGAAAAGAUCUUCCUCAUCAAGUUCAGCAGAAGAAGAUGAGCCAAAGUCAAAAAAACAAAAAUCACACAAAAAAGAAAAGGAAAAGGGGAAAAAGCAUAAAUCAAAGAAAGGAAAGCAUCAUAAAAAGGAGAAAAAGAAGAGACGAAAGGAAAAAAGUUCAUCUUCUAACAGUUCAGACAGUUCGAGUAGUGACUGACAUGUCUAUUUUUGCUUUUGCUUCUGCAGAGAAGAUGAUUUUCCUUUCAUAGCAAGUUUAUUUAUGCUUUGCAAUGCUGUUUAAAAAUGGGAUAUUUUUUUUUUGAGAAAUUUAUUUUGAGAAAUCUAUUAGCAUAUGUCAGUGCAUCAGAUCAUUAGAUGGACCAUUAUUUGAAAAAAAACUGCUUUUCUAUUUCAGGUUUAUUAAUACUAAACCAUGCAACUACUUCUUCACCUUGUUCUUAAUUCAGUUGUGAUUGUGUUUGAAAUCCUUUACAGUAGGAUGCGGUAAAUUUCAGUUCACAAGCUUUUGUUUAGAAAGAUAUUAACUGAAAUACGCUUAAUGUCAGAAUGGUUACAUCAAAUUUGUAAAUUCAAGUAAGAUUUUCUAUUACCCUUUAAAUAAAUAUAUGUUUUACACAACA